AGUAGAGCUAAGUAAAGAUUUUAAUAAGCUGACAGAAAAGUGCCAAUAAAAUAACUAUGCCAACCGGAUUGUUUGAUCAUUUGGGAUAAAAUGUUGAGUAAAAGAUGUAGAAACUUUCAAUUUAUCUAUUUUUUUAAUGUAUGGCAUCGUGUGAACUCGAUAAGACUUGUCAAGUUUAUCUGAAUAAAUAUAUCAAAAUAGGUAUAUGCUCGGAAAGUAUUGAAAUCCUAGAGUUUUCGUUCUCAUAUCAUGGAAGUUAUAUGGUGUAGAUGGCGUUUUUCUUCUGUAUUGUGAAAUUGCAACCUUAUCGGAUAUGCCUACCUCCAACGCUCUUAAUGAUCGCCACUGCCUGUAAACUCUAGACUCUCCCACGGUUUUCUAGCUCUCCGGGGUUCUCCUACAAUACUCUGUUCUGGCUACAGGAGGUUGUAUAUUACAGCUCGUUAACAUCAGUGCAUAGCACAGCUGUAUUUAACACCACCUAGUGUAAGUGUUUCUAAACAUACCGCACGCUAGUAUUAAUAUUUUAACCUAGUCUGUUCUUUACAUAAUUUAUUUCUUGGACGUUUCCUGCAAUGGAUGUUUCGUGUUGAUCCAUCAAUCUUGGUGAGUUAGAUGAAUUAAAUCCUUAUUCCGUGUAUAGUAAAUAUAUAGAUGCGUUAUAAAAAAAAAUCACCUGUGGCACAUCCAUUGUAAUCUUCUUGAUUAAACACGAGCAUCUUAUGUACAUCUUUUUAUUGUUGCUCUAAUAACUGAAAAAACGAAACUAAGGAGACAUUAUGAUGCUCAACUAACACCCGUUGACAUUUUGAAAUAGAAGAAUAUCAAGUGAAUGUCAGGCUAUCCCACGUGGUUUCCCAAUAGUAUAGAGUCCCUAUGUUGUCGCCCGCUUUAUUCAUAUAGUGGGGGAGAAGAGAGCUCUACUACAUGCCUAGUUUUCCUUGUGUGUGGAUGUGGAAGUUUUGCUGAUUUACCUAGUGCGGUGGUUGAUAUUCGAUCUUAGCAGAAUCAUCAACCACAAUGUAGAGUUCAAUAGAACUGCCUGUCUGUUCGGAACCUGGAGAAUGGUCAAUGAUUGUCCUGUACUUUAAUGGGAUCACUCAUCAACUCUAUGGACGAUGUGUUGUGCGAUUGUCAGUCCUAAGCUUCUACCUCUCGAUGACCAAGAGAGUUUCCUCCUGCUGUGUUCUGUUGCCCGUAACACAGAAUGACCACAAAUGGUUUUGACUUGCGGCGGUAUGGCAUGGAAAACUUGCAACAGUUGUUAAAAACCCACGGCUCGGAGUGCCUUCGCCAUUUUUUGCAGGAGUUUGCCACCUUGACAAAAGAAUUAAACCAAGCAAGAGAACAUCUUCUAGAACGUGAAGAAGAGAUUAAAGAGUUGAAAGCCGAGAGGAACAAUACAAGAUUACUGUUGGAACACUUGGAGUGUUUAGUCUCCCGACAUGAACGCUCAUUAAGGAUGACUGUGGUAAAAAGACAAACUCAGUCCGCAGCGGGAGUUUCUUCGGAAGUGGAGGUUCUCAAGGCCCUCAAGUCACUUUUUGAGCAUCACAAAGCUUUGGAUGAAAAGGUUCGGGAGAAGCUCCGAGUUUCUCUUGAAAGAGUUGUUACUUUGGAAGAGGAGCUGGUUCGAUCUAACGAAGAAUUACAGCACCUCAGAAGUAAAGUAGGAAAUGAAGUAUCAGAAGACAAAAAAGGUUCAGGAAAUGGUGAGAUAUCUCAGCAGUCAAAGGUACCUAAUGGAUCAAUAGAAGCAGCAGCAGAAGCAGCCAAGAUGGUGGAGCUUAAGGAUACAAUAGAUAAGCAAAAUGCUGAACUUGGAACCGCACGAACAAAACUAUCAGAACUGGGAACUAAAAUUCAAGACCUGGAGGAAAUGUUGACUUCAUCACAAAAAGAGGUUGCAAAACUGCAGACUGAAAACACAAAGUUAGCACGUGACCUCCGAGAGAAUAAUGCCCAAAAAGAAGAUCAGGAAGAAAGGAUAUCAACCUUAGAAAAACGAUACCUCAAUGCCCAACGAGAAUCGACAUCAAUUCAUGAUUUAAAUGAAAAAUUAGAACAAGAGUUAAUUAAUAAAGAAGCACAAUUAAAACUAAGUGAAGAAAAAGUUAGAGCCCUAGAUGAAAGGUUAGAACUGACUGAGCAGAAGCUUUCUCAAUUUUCUAAAAAAGCCGAAGCUUUGCCAGCCAAGGAAGCUGAACUUCAGCAGAGAAUGGAAGCAUUGUCUCAGGCUCAAGAAAGACACAUGAGUAUAGAAGACAGAGUACAAAGGUUAGAACAGCAACUUGAAGAAAAAAGUAGUGAGCUUAUGAAGGCAAGGCAAAGAGAGAAAAUGAAUGAAGAACACAAUCAGAGGCUUUCAGCAACUGUAGAUAAACUUCUGGCUGAAUCAAAUGAGCGUCUCCAGCUCCACCUGAAAGAAAGAAUGAAUGCAUUAGAAGAGAAAAGCAGUCUCUCUCAGGAACUAGAUCGUACUAGAAAGCUACUAGAUGACACAUUUAGUGAAAAGGAAAAGAUUGUUCGAGAGCUUGCUGUAAUGCGUGGUGAAAUGGACAAACUUCGACAGGAUGUGAAUAAUUAUCGAGCAGAGAGUUUAGUUAGGGUGGGGCCUAGUCGUUUGUACUCCCACCCAUCACCACUUACACCUUCACCCAACAGACCAUCAUCUGGCUCAGGUUUAGAUAGUACUGAUGAAAGUCACAGAGUGACUGGCUUUAACUUCAUCUCCCCUACUGCAUCUAUUAAUCGUAGGACCCAGAAGGGGCGCCAGCAGCCACUGGAAGCAGAACCACCAAAGGUUCAACCAAUAAGUGAACAAGAAUGGGAAACAGUGGAACAGCCUCAUAUAAUUGCAAAUGUUCAACAAGCAUUUGAUGCUAGUGACACUGAGUGUAGUCAAACUGAUGACAACGAAAGUAUGUUUGACAUGUUAUCUCCAUCUGGUCAAACCGAUGCUCAGACUCUGGCCCUCAUGCUUCAAGAGCAGCUAGAUGCUAUUAAUAAUGAAAUCAGAUUAAUACAAGAGGAAAAACAAAAUACUGAGCAGAGAGCCGAAGAACUGGAAUCAAGAGUUGCUAGUAGAGAAGCAAUUGGUCUUAAUAAUCGUGGACAAACAUUUGAAAGAACGUCUCCUCCACUCAGUGGUCGGUCCACACCCAAAUCUCAUCAUAGUCCGCAGAUGGAAUAUUUACAGAAGUACCAUACAGCCCCAAUGAUUCCAGAAUCUAAAGAUGACCCUAGACUGCUUCGACGAGACCUUAGCCCACCCACUCAACGAUCUUUAAGGCUAGAACGGGUUGUACAGGCUUUAGCACAAAGUAGUGAUGAUUUACAAAGAACCAAUGUAUAUAAUACAAGCUUACAUCCCUCUACCUCUGCUGUUACCACAACAUCCAUCACCAUGACAUCAUCAUCAAUGCCAUCUUCCAUAUCUGCAGUUCCUCAAGACAUGUAUCUGAGCUCUGCCAACUCUUCCCAAGAUUCCUUGCACAAAACUACACCAAAGAAAAAAGGUCUGAAGUCCUCUCUUGGAAGAUUUUUUAGUAAAAAGGACAAAGUAAAAACAAAAGAUGCCUUAAGUAAAGAAAUCAUACAACAAGGUGCUACUUACCAGGAGAAUGACUUAUUAGUGGCUGAUUCAUUAGGUUUAACUGGUGGUUUGGGUCAGAAAGCUGACGUUGAUCGACGUACAAAGAAAAAACAUGAAUUAUUAGCAGAAGCAAUGAAGGCAGGAACUCCAUUUGCUCUGUGGAAUGGUCCAACUAUAGUAGCAUGGUUAGAGCUGUGGGUGGGGAUGCCACCCUGGUACGUUGCAGCUUGUCGAGCCAAUGUCAAAAGUGGUGCCAUUAUGUCAGCAUUGUCUGAUACAGAAAUCCAGCGAGAGAUUGGUAUUAGCAAUCCUCUGCAUCGACUCAAACUUCGCUUAGCCAUCCAGGAAAUGGUUGCUCUCACCAGCCCAUCGGCAGCUAAACCUUCCAGAACAACUUUAGCAUUUGGUGAGAUGAAUCAUGAAUGGAUAGGAAAUGAAUGGCUUCCAAGUCUUGGCUUACCACAGUACAGAUCUACUUUCAUGGAGUGUUUAGUUGAUGCCCGAAUGCUUGAUCAUUUAACUAAAAAAGAUUUGCGAGUCCAUCUGAAAAUGGUGGAUAGCUUCCAUAGGACAAGCUUACAGUAUGGUAUUAAUUGCUUAAAAAGAUUAAAUUAUGAUAAGCAGCUUCUUGCUGAAAGGAGGAGAAACAGUGAACAUGAAAUCAAAGAUGUGUUGGUAUGGUCUAAUGACAGGAUCAUCAAAUGGUUGAAUUCUGUAGGACUGAAAGAAUAUUCCCAGAAUUUAUUAGAAUCAGGAGUACAUGGAGCUCUUAUAGCAUUAGAUGAUAAUUUUGACUAUAACUCAAUGGCUUUAGCUCUUCAAAUUCCAACUCCUAACACUCAGGCUAAACAGAUGUUGAAAAGGGAAUAUUCCAACCUUCUUCUUCAAGGAACAGAUAGAAAGCCAGAUGAGGCUCCUCGACAUUCAUCCCAUUCGGGGGCUGUCCCCCACAAUGUACAGGGAGAUCGCUUGGUUUGAUAUCUGUAUGUACAUGCCAAUACUUACAAGAAGGCUAAUCAGUUGAGGUAGUUUAAUGAAGAUGCCACCACGGUACUGACUGCCACAGCAACUGGUGACUACGGGAAUACCACGAGUGCCAUGUGUAUGAUAGUCAGAAAAAUCCAUCUCAAUGGAGUAUAGAAAAUGUAAUAACAAAACUAGUACCAAUAUACUUGUAUAUUUAUGUGUUUAUGUUGAUCAAGUCAGAAGGAGGAUACCACAUGCCAAAGAAAAAACAAUCUGAUAGGUCUACAUCUACUAAAUAACAAAGAAAUAGCUCUCAAUACUAAUAGACAUAUCUAGCAAAAGAAGACCUUUUUCAACUUCAUGUUAGUUUUUGUGAAUGAAUCCUUUAAGCACACAUAUACAGCCCAUUGCCUCAGUUCUCAAUUAGAACACUGAAAGAAGAGCAAAUUCACUGUCAUCAAAGGUCCAUCCUUAUACAGUGUGUGUGUGUGUUUCUAAUAAUCAGUAGUUCAUUCGGUUUUUGUUUGAUAUGUUUUUCUAUGUGAGCCUUAAUUUUGACCUUUGACAGAUGUGAAUGCUCAGGUCACCAUGAUACGGAGCAUGAUUCUGUCAUAUUAAGUUGAAGUACAUAAUAUUUACAAGUACUUUAUACUCCCUGUCAACUAAGCCUAACCUAAUAAGAUUAAUCUCAGUCAGGUAGAUUGUUGUAGGUGCUGACCAAAUUUAAUACAUCUUCUUUUUGCUCUGUGUUUCAAUACUAGUCUUGGUAAAACUUUGGAAAAUUACCACUGCAUAGUAGUCGUGUUGGUGUAUUAAUCAAGAUUCUCUAAGAUUCAGUUAUCCAAGAUAACAAAUUGCUAAGUCAUACCAUAUUUUUCUUUCUUGAAAAUAGGAGGGAAUUAAAAAAGGAAGUUUUUUCAUAAUUAUAGGCACCUUAUAUUUUACUCUGUUUUUUUCUCGCGUGGUACUGUAUUCUUAGUUUUAUACAAGCAUGGCAAUAUUGAUUUGAAUGUUUCCUCCAUUUGUGGAUGUAUAGGAAUAUGCACAUACACACUCUUACAUAUAUUAGAAGAACAAUUAUUUCAAUAAAUCGAGGUUUUAUAUAAUUUUCAUGUUAUAUUAUUCAUUAAUUAAUAUUUAAUACAAAUGGGUGAUUGCUGGCAGUAUGUUAUAUUUAUUAGUAUAAAAAUAAUUGAUUUUUGGAACCUUCAGACAAAACGUUCUAUUAUGAUUUUUUAAAUUCAGUAUGCAAUAAAUAUUUUCAUAUUUCAAUACAAUUACUUACUGUAAUAGAAAGAUCAUAAUGAAUAAUUAAAAACUUGUGUUAGGGUACCAGCAAUGCUUUUUUUGCAAAUUAUAGAAUUUAACUGUUUCAAUUUUUGUAUAGUUAUAAUUAUUUAUCUGGUUUUCCCCCUUUUUUACCCCAAACAUAUAUUUUCUAUGUUCUUAUAGCCAUAUUUCAUGAAAAUAAAUAUUAGUAACAAAAUAAUAGAUCUUCAGAUAUGCUAAUAUGUCAUUUGUGGCAUUGUAUUUUGAUAAAUUUUCAUCAUAAUUAGUUUUAAACAAUUCUUAAACUUUAUGUUUUCAUUUUAUAUUUUUGAAGGAAAAUGAAGUUUAAAGCAUUUAUUUUGAUCAUAUUUCUCAUACUCUAAACUAAUGGUCCUAAGCAUUUUUAAUCUUUGAUUCGGUAAUAGAGUGCAAAAGCAAUCUUGAAAUACCUUUGUGGCUGCUUUAUUUUAUUUGCAUAAUCAGACAUAUAUUUACUGGUAGAUGAUGUUGGCAGUACUUAAAGCAGAAAAAUUUUUGCCUGAUGAUUCAUCCAAAAAUAUUAACAAUUUUUUGCAGCAACUUACUCUGAUAAGAUAAAAAUAAACAGUCAACAGGUGGUUAAAUACUUCAUGGCAAAUUAUUGUGCAAGAACUCUGAGAAAGAGAAAAAUAUCUGAAUUCUUUCUUCGUAUGGCUUACCAUAUGACUUCAGAGUUGCCAUUUUUAAAUGUAAUGAUGCUUAAUGGAAAAGCUACAUUAAUUCUAACACUUUCUAUUUUUUAAUUUUAUAUUUCAGUACCUCUCUUAGAAAUACAUCUAGAAAUUAAGUCACAUGAGUAGUUUUUCUGUAAUUGUAUAACAUUUCAGCUUUGACAAAUCCCUGAACACACUACAGUUGAGUUGUCAUGGAAACAGUGAUAAAUCACUACAGGGCUGCUCGUGAUAAAUUUUUAUAGUAUCAUUACAACAUUUUCUUCUAAAUCAACAUUGUAGUGUUCUUACAACUACUGUUUCAUUACAGCAAUAUUAUUGGUAUUAUUUCUGAUAUCACCACAGUUUGGUUCUGGUAAUCAUUAUUGCCUCACUAUAACCAGUGUAUUUUGUAUCUUUACAUCUUUUUAGUAAGUUUUUAAAAUCAUUAUUGUAUCUUUACAAAGGUGUUGCACUAUAUAAUAGUGCUCUUGAAUUCAUUGUUGCUUCUUCAUAGUGAUGUUCAUAAUAUUUUUGUACAACACAGUGGUGUUUUGAAAUAAUUGUUGCAUCAUUAUGUUGGUUUUUCCCCCAAGGAAUUACAGUUGUAUGUCUAAAGUAAUGGUCUGUGAAGCAGAGUUGCAUAAUCAUGGUGGUUUUUAUCAUCAUCAUUGUAAUGAUGUUUUUGGAAGAUUUCUUGCAUCACCCAAGAUUGAUAACAGUUUGACCCUUUAUUUUGAUCAUUGAGAACUCACUGUGUAUCUAUACAAAUAUUUUUUGUUUUGUUUUUUCAGUUUCAUGUGUAACUGUUAAUGUUGUAUUCUUCAUUUGUGGUUUCACUGUAUGUACUUUGUGACCCAUAGCUCUCCCAUAUCAUAGAAUAACCUGUUAUGUAAAACAUUAGAGGAAUAUCAAUAGUAUAUCCACCUAGUAUCUAUAUUGAUGUAAUUUUCCAUUUGUUUCAUACUACUCUUGAAGCUUAGGAUGUAUUCUUAAUAACUUGUCCCUCAAAGAGGGUAAGGUAAGCUCAUUUCACAAGUUUCACUGCCACUGUAACAUCAUACCAGGCCUACUAUGUUGUCUCCGUGUAUGUGUGUUUAUUGUAACAUCAUACCAGACCUACUAUGUUGUCUCCGUGUAUGUGUGUUUAUUGUAACAUCAUACCAGACCUACUAUGUUGUCUCCUUGUAUGUACAUUAGUUGUAACAUCAUACCAGACCUACUAUGUUGUGUAUGUACUUUUUAGAACCCCUGCUUGUUGAAAACGUUUUUAAUUUUCUCAUCUUUUCAAUUCAAGUAAAAAAGUAAUACUAAAUAAAACAUAUUUCAAGUAAAGAAUAUCAGGAAUUUAUGUUUUCCAGAACAAAUAAGGUCUUUGCAUUUUUUUUUUUCAAUACUGAUGCAGGACUGAAUAUAUUAUUUACUCAUUUCAGUUUUUUUUUUUAAUCUUAUAUAUGUUUAUAUCUUACAAUGUACUUGAAAAAUAUCUCUCAAUAACAUUAGCAUUUUAAGAAGACUUGAAGAUAGUUAUAAGCUUAAAUUUUUCUCUUCUGUUAAAGACAAACUUCCAUACCAAUAUGACCAAGUAAUUCUAUUAUGGAGUGUAAAAGGAAUCUUGAAAUAUACAUCAAAUCAUAAGUUAUAAUGAUUAGCCACUCCAAAUGGUAAAUUAGUAGAUAUUCUGUUAACCAAGAAUUUAAACAUUUGGUGGCAGGAAUGCUGUCAUUUACACGAGACAUUUAGAAAAGUGCUUGAGCAUCGUGGAAUAAAUAACACAACAGAAUGAGCACCCUAAUGAUUUUUCUUUUUAAUCCAUAUCAUUACAAAAAUCAGUACAUCAUUAAGAGAGACAGGUAACACGGUUUGAGUCCUCUGAGCUCUUCAAUAUCCUUAAAUAUGUAACUUGUAUUUUGUAAUGUGCAUCGUGUUUGAAGUGUGUAAUAAAACUGCAUGUAACUCUCUGACCACAAGUUACUGCAACAUAGUUUGAUCUUAUGACAAAAAUGUUUUAGUAAUUUCCAAACAAUACCUGAUCAAACAGGACUUUUAUAGUAAGAUUACAACUGUGCUUUCUUACUAAAUGAUGUGGUAUUUGCCAGCUUUAAACCAGUUCUGAAAACACUGUAUUCAGAUGGUGUGACAUUAGAUUAUAUUACACAGACAAAGCAGUUUUUGUGUACAUUCUCAAAUUGUUAUUCUUUGUUAUUUAAUUAUUAAAAAUAAUCUGUAGCAAGUACCCUGACUAGUUCCAAUUUUAUUGAACCAUGCCUAGAAAGCUGAGAACUAGACUGAAACAAUUUAAUCGUGUUUUUAAUUGGUUGUAGAAAUCCAUAGAGCCUUUUCCUUAGUACAGUGUAUACAAUUAUAUGACUAUACUUUUAGCAGUAGCAGUAUUACCCAUGGAUCACUUAUUUUCUCUUUUUUUUGUUUUUUUACAUUUUGUAUAUAUAUAUA